UCUGGCAAAAAAAAAAAAAAAAAACGGAUUUUGCAUGCUUGGGAUUUAAAACUUUGGUGAUGUUUUAAGCCCUAGAAAUCUCAUGGAGAUCGAGGAAGCGGUGAUAGCCGCAGCCAAGAAGCUGGGCUGGCGGCUCAAAGCACGGCAUUGCCAUUGUCUCGCUCGAGAUCUUUUCUUCGUCCUCGUGGGAGUGAGACCUCUUGUCAUGAUCGAUUACUUGCCUUACAGCGCAAAUCUUCUCCAGCUGCUGACCUCUCUAGUAAACUCCGUGUGCGAGGCUUUCAAAGGAUGGAGACUCAUGUCCAUGGACGAAUCCAUGAUCUACUUUCUCCACGCAGCUAAUCUGGAAGAGUACAUGGAAAGCUCCCUGGGCGACGAGAGCUGGCUGAGCUUUAUAAUCCUGGACGAUGGUCCUGCUCGGGUGGCCACACAGCUUGAAGAACAGUCAGUGAAAGCCACUCUCAGACGAUUGCAGGCUCGUUUGUCACAGUCCCUCGCGGAAGAAUCUCGUGAGUGCUCGCUCAUUGAUUUUAAUCACGGUCUAUCGGAGCUGGAUAUCUCCAUUCCUACGUGCAACGGUUACUCGCGAAGAUGGCUGCUUGGAUAUCCAGUGAUUUACGUGUUCUCUAAAGACAAGGCUUCUCAAGCAUCGCGGUGCUUAUCAUCGGUCCACUUGUGUUUAUACAAGCUUCUCUUGCUCAAUCCAGAGAAAGUCUUGGCGUGGAGACCGCAUGAACCAGUGGAAGAAAUCUUGAGCUUUACCAUCCCGGAGUCCAAUGGUUUCUCCCAGCAAUGGACUCCAGACGCGUUCAUGUCUUAUAUUGCCACAAAAGUCUCUCAAUGUUCCAAAAUUGAUCCCGGGGACUUGCGACUGGAUGUGACUUCCAGACCGCUACAGUCUGUGGCCUUCUGAAGGUCCUGUUGGAGUGAUCAGCUCGAGGCCAGUUGACGCAAGUGAUGCGAUUUUCCGGCCUGCCGCGUUUGCCCCUCGCGUUUGCCUCUCGGUUGAGGAAUUUAGACAGAGAAGGAUUGGACGCUCAAACCGGGUUUAUGGUUUAGCAUCACUUGAGCAUUCUUCGUAAUAAGCGAGCUUACGUGUUUGGGCUUC